AUGGACUUUCGACGUAUUGUGCGCAUCCCCGGCUAUCGGGGAUGCGCACCAGCUGCGCACGGUGAUGCGCUCAAAUCCUGUCCUGAUAGCUACGUCAUGUGCGAGUAUCUUAGCUUCUCUUCCGGCGGGGAGCACUCCUCGCGUGAUGAUCAAGCGGCAGUAGUGUCGAGGUUGCAUGUGCUCACCUCCAAGUACGCUCAGUUUCAGCGCAGCAUCGAAGGCUGCGUCUUCGCCAUGAGCAGCGGUAUUUCGGCGUCUCUGUUGGGGUCCGCACCUGCAGCACGCCAGGCAUCCUCGCGUUCGCCCAGCGAAGGACUCGUGCCUUUCAGUGCUGCCGACAAGGGACGAGCGGCAGCUGCGAGCAGGAUGGGGGCCAUCGCCACAUCGGCAUCCACCGGAUCGACCUCACAGGUGCCAGACUUGGAGUCGUGCUGGAUGUCGACCUCUCCGCUUCCCCCGACGGCGGUGCUUGCGGCGCUGUACGGCAUGACACCUCUACAUAGGAUUUCCUGGAGCGGCAGUGGCGGAAGAGACCCCGAUGCCGGCGCCGGGGAGAACGUGCGCACUGUGCCGACUGUGGAUGCCCGCAACCUCGGCGACACUGACUCAUCGACGUCUUCGUUCGAGCUUCAGUGGUCGCUCUGUCGAUGCACCACGGACGCGAUGGCAGCGCAGGGGCGGUAUCAAGUCACUUUCAGGGACGCGUUUGCCAUGACAACGGUGGUUACCCACAUGGCGGCCUCUAGCGCUGACGGCGGCAGUAGUUGGCAAGGCUCUACCUCGCUUCUGCCGCCGCCGUCGUCGUCAUCGUCAACGUCGUCGUAUUCCCUCGCGCAGCAGCUGCGACGGGCCUCUGCCCUGCUCGGUAUGGACAGUGAAGGGUCGCUGCCAGAAGCGUCGGCGGCCGCGGCACCGUCCACGUCGUUGCUGGAUUGGCCAGAGGAGUUCUUGUGGAACUUGCUGGUGUCACUGUUAUCCAGUCUUGCGCUUGUGCACAGUGCCGGCCUUCACUUGUUCGGCCAACUGACCGCAGCUGAUGUGAUGUGCGUGGCCUGCGCGCCAACACUGCCGCGGCAGCUCGAACAGACGUGGGCUGAUGUUGCCGCAGCGACGGCAGCGGCGGCCAGCAAGGAGGAUGUGAGGGGGGCGGUGUCCGGCACCGUCUCCAGCAGCAAUAUUGAUGAUGAUCGUGUGUCGAUGCACAAGGAGGAGGAUGCCAUCUUCCAGCGCUUCUGCUCGACAGCUGUGCCUAGCGUGUUGCUGCCGCAGGCGAUCGUCACCGCCGCCACUCCGUGUCAUCACGUCUUCUUCGUCCUUCAUCCAUCGCCGGAGUUGUUGCAACAGCAGGGCGAUGGCCGCGCACACGUCCCGCGACAAAGCAUGUCGAGUCUCUCCGCAGCGCCGGAAGCAGAGCAGGCGACACCGGCGCAACAGGCACAGCACCAGGCGUCGGACUUGGCGAGCGUGGGCCGCUUGAUGAGCCUCUUGAUGGAGCUGCGAGCGCGGUGGCGUCAGCGUCGCAGUGGGCACGCGGAACCAGCAGCAGCAGCCCCUAGCUCAGAGCUGGCGUUUCUGGUUGGGCGGCUGUGCGAAUGUGGUGGGGCGAGCGCGGGCCUUGCAGCGCCAAGGCAGAGCCCUACGGCUCUGCAGCUUCUGCAACUCCAGGCGCUGCGGCUGCGCACGGAGUCGUGGUACUACCGCCGCCUGGCCGAGGAAGCGUGCGAUCGCCUGCUGCUUGCGCGGCGGCGGCUGGACAGCACAGAUGCCACACUGCCGCAACCCUCGUGGGACACGGACACAAAGGAGCAGAGUCGCGAGGCGCAGCUUGCGGCGCGAGAGUCCAAGUUAAAUCUCCUGCUGGGGCUCUACGAGCUCACGCAUGAGCACUUGGACGCGCUCAAGCUGCCGCAGCUGCCCCCAGCUCAAGGGGGGACAAAGUUGGCAACGCUUUCGUCAGCGUUGCCAUCGGCUGCAGCGGCAGCAGCGGCGGUCCAUGCCUCGGCAACUUCGACGGCGCACAACGGGGGUACUCGCGGCGCUGACGGCGUUGAGGCAGAGCAGCGAAUGGCGUCGCAGGUGUCACAGGAGGACUCGCUAGACCGCCUGCUAAUUCAAACUCUACUCCAGCAGCAGCACCAGCUAGCAGGUUCCGCGGGAGCACUGUUGGCAGGCGCGCCUGCCGCAUCCGGGGCUACACCGGCAGGCGUCCGCGAUGGUAGCCAUUUGAGUCCCCAAGCCACCACCACGGCGACCUCCGUUGCUGCUGCCGACGACGAGUUGCUCGGCUUGUCUCCUCUUGCGUGUUGCACCACCGCGGAUGACGGACUGCUCUCGACAAGCGCUGCUACGCCGUCAGUGGUGGCGGAGACACUGCCAGCGCUCACCACGCAUCGCCAUGUGGACGUCGAGAGCGUCCCUGGAGGCGGUGUUGCGACACUGACGGCGGCGGCAUCGACCGGCCAUCACCCCAACAACGAAUCCCGCGUUGCCGUGGUGGAGGUAGACCUGGAUGCAGCAGAGAAUGAUGGGUAUGGCAUCAGCAUGGCAAGCCAAGGGAGCGCAAGUCCGACGGCGAUUCACGCUACACCUGCUGGGGGAUUCGAAACACGCGCGGUGUGCGGGUGGACGCCAACGACGACGUCCCCGUCUGCGUCGCUCUCGACUUCAGCUGCCGCUACGCUUCGGCAGGGGGCUCAUGGCUCGCCACCGCCGACCUCCCAGCAGCAACGACAGCAGCGACAACUUUUCUCGCCCCCGCUGCACGCCUCCCCGUGCCAAGACAUGCAGACUCCCAUGCGCACCCCUGCGCUGCCCAACAUGGGCUACGUGGGGGGUGCAGCCGGCGGUGCCGUGGCUUCCCCUGGCGCAGGCUUCAACGGUGGUGGUGGUCGUAGCCACAGCAAGUACAGCGCGCUGUCGCUACUGCGCACGCCUCCGUCGGCCCGCCGCGUUGGCACGGGGCCGGGAGCUGCUGCUGAUGCUGCAGUAGCCACAGCAGUGAUGAGGGCCGCGCCGUCCUUCUUCCGUUCUCCAUCGUUGCACUCGCCAGACAGCUAUCGCUCCUCUACUAGACCGCAUAACGCUGCCACGGUCGAUGUCUCGGCUACCGCCGCUGCGGCGUCCUUUCCACAUGACACGGCGGAACGUUUCCUUCCGCAGCCGCGCCAGCAGCGACGCCGAUCAGGCUCUCGUGGUAACACCAGCAAUAACAGCGGCGGCGCGUACACGGCGACCUUGGGUGGUCGCUCACCACGCACGGAGGACCAUCACCAGCACAAGGAUGGUGUCGCUGCAUCAUGGGCACAUCAGCAGUUGACAACGCUGGAGGAGAUGCAGACGGCGCUGAGAGCGCAACAGUCAUCAACACCGCGUAGUCGUGCGUUAGCCGCGGCGGCGAUCCGCAGCCGCAGUGCGGACAUGGCGGCGCCUCCGCGCAUGCGGUCCCCGGCGACCCCACCGCUUGCGCCGCGCGGUGCACCGCGGCUGCAUUCCGCGUCCACGCUCGCAUCCUCGGAUGUGACACCGGUACGCGGCACAACGCCAUCGUACUACGGUGAUGACUCCGCAGAGAUGUUUCGCGUGGAGAGCGCUCACAUGCGCAGCAGUGACAGCCGCAGCGGAGUCCGCCGUGGUGAUGACUGGGGCGGUUCCGCUGGCGCUGCUCGCGACUUUGGUGGCGUCGUCACUGCUGCACCUCCUCGGGUGCUUUUGUCCUUCACGCCUCCGUACAACACGCCGCCGACGUCGUCGCCUUACAUCUACGAGGCCCCUACAGCGACGACGACGGCCGCUGAAAGUGGUGCGAGCCUCGCCUACGCAGCUACUGGACCCUCAGCAGCACGAGAUGGUGCCGCCGGGCAGCAUGCACCACCGCAAACGCAGAAGCCUACCGCAACGGCGCUGUAUCGGAGUGCGCCACAGGAGCCCGACUCCUCUCUCUCGCCGCAGAUACUGGCGAAGCUUGUCGGCAGUGAGACCGUUGCAGCCACCAGACGAGGCAACAGCAGCCGCAGCGGUGUCCCGAAUGCCUUUCACGCAUCCGCCCCGUCAGCGCGCGGGGCUUCAGCACGUGGCAACGGCGCAGCUGACCUGCACCAGCGCACUCCGCCACAUCAUGCGACCUCGUCUUCCGCCAUAGUGUCUACGGUGAGGGCGGCGGCGUCCGCUUUCGGUGUCUCCGCGGGGAUAUCCGCUCAGGGUACGGGUGGCAAAGGUUCUCACCGCUCUCUUAGCUCACGAACGGCGUCCGCAAACGCCACCGGACACAGCGCAGGUGGCACGAGCGCUCGAGGGACCACAGUGAGCACCUCUAGCGGUCGCGCUAGCGGUGGCCAUGGCGGCGGAGGUGGACUGCUGCAGCGGUUUGGCGCUGCCUAUUCUCCGUCAUCUUCGUCGGCAUCCUUCGCCCAUGCCGGCGCCUCGCGUACGAGUUCCACGACGGCGGUGGAGCUGCUGCGGCGACUGCGCGCCAACACAGGGGCGUGA